AUGUCUGGACUCAUGCACAAGGUCAAGGAUGCCCUUCAAGGCGGCCACAAAGAUGCGUCACCAUCGGCUACUAAUCUCAUCACUCCAGAGAAUGCAAAGCUCGAGCAUGACGGGCUCCAGGGAGACCACGGCAGCCAGUCCGGCGUUCAUGACACUCCCGUCUCAGAUUCCGUUGCUCACGGUGACUCCAUGUCGCCUACAAACCCUGGCGUCCUCAACUCCACCAAGCGUGGCAUCCACGGUGACCGUGACACCGGCACAUCUGGUACUGGCCUCUCGAACCAAGAACUCACUGGACAGACCGGGAUCGAGGGUGAGUCCGGCUCUGUUGCCCACGGCAGUUCCAUGUCUCCUACCAAUCCUGGUGUCCUCCAUUCCACUAAGCCUGGCAUCCAUGGAGCGAGAGAUGCCGGGACUGGGAGUACAGGCCUUUCCAAUUCUGAGCUAAUGCAAGACUCAGGUGCAGGCUCUGGAAUCGGCUCUGGUACUGGCUCAGGUUAUGAUAGCACUUCCCGGGAUACUGGCCUCGGUAGCGGCAACAACGCUGGGCCUCAGUACACCGGGACAAGCGAGCGUGACACCGGCCUUGUUGGCUCUGGCGUCGACACUACGGGCCGUGGCACCACUAUGGAUGAGUCCUCAAUGAACGCGGGAUCCGGAUCAAGCUACAACCCCAACGACCGUAGCAGCACUGGUCUCGACGGUCAGGAUGUCUUGACCGGCUCCGGCUCAAACACCCGUGACACUGGUAUUGUGGGAGGUACGGGCUCCGGCUACGACUCAAGCUCUCGCAUGGACCGUGAUAACACGGUUACUGGCUCCGGCCUCGGUGGUGACGAGGGCAUGAUUGCUGGGGGCUCAGUUCCUCAAACAGGCUCUGGAUACGACACGAACACCGGCGGUGCUGACUUGACUAGCGGAGGAACGGGGUCCCGCUUGACUGGCAAUGACUCCGGCUUGGGCUCUGGCUACGACUCAAACACUCGCGAUACCGGUAUCACCGGCGAAGGAUUGUCUGGAACGGGCUCAGGCUUGGCAGGUGGUAGCUCCGGCUACGAAUCUAACACUCGCGAUACCGGUAUCACCGGCGAGGGAUUGUCUGGAGCGGGCUCAGGCUUGACAGGUGGUAGCUCCGGCUACGACUCCAACACUCGCGAUACCGGUCUCACUGGUGAGGGGAUUACCGGCACAGGCUCAGGAGCGACCGGUGGUGAUUCCGGCUUCGGUUCCGGCACCGGCUCAAGCGGCCGCACGGGCCUCGUUGGUGAGGGCGAGCAAUACGUCGAGGGUUCCGAGAAGCACCACCAUGGAGACGGGCACCCAGAGGAUAUCGUUCACCCCGGUCACCACUACACCGAGACCGCCAACGCUCUCGACCCUCACUUGAACUAG